GAGGAAGUUGAUGGCCAUCAGGAAUGCAGGCAGGGCGUGUCACCUCAGAGUGGCGAGGGAGGGGACAGGUGUAAAUGAUGUGCCGAUGUUCAGAGAUUCGUCACUCCCUCUUGCAUUCCAGCUCUAGCUCCACUCAGCUCACAAACACGCCACACAGCCCCGAGCCCCAGUAAAGACUUGCAACGUCCCUUCCUGUCGGAGCAGCGGACAGAUUUACAUCGCACUCACAUGGUGUUCAACCACCAAGACUGGAUAAAGCUGGGUUUUGUGCUGGACUGUAAUUUCUGGAUUCCUUUAGCACGGUGGAUAUGGGAGGCAGAGAGGAGGUUGUGUGGAGCAUGCCCGGGUCCAACAUGCAGUUCACACACACCAGAUUGAACCGUUUCAGGUUCCGUCCUGUCCGAAGCCCAGUGAUGGGCAAGCGCGUGAAGCCAUCCUCCCACAACAAAAAAGCCAGAGAUCCCAGCCCCACCGAGAUGAGCGUGGAGCCCUGGGCCAGCCCGCAGGACCAGGCAGCCGCUGAACACGCACACAGCACGCACGCGCUUCCCGCCCAGGAUCAGGAGCAGCACCCCGACAAACUCUGUCUGGACUCCUUUUGGAGUGAGGUGGAGACCAUCCGACAGGGGAGUGGCUACACAGACGUCGACUGCACCAGGAGAGACUCCAGACAAUCAGAAGAGGGUGAACAGGAGGAGCAGUGGUUGGCUGAUGCUGGUUUGUCGACCCUCAUCAGCGAGGACAGUGGAGAUGUAGAAAACGUGGUGCUGCUGUCCACUCUGACUCGGACCCAGGCCGAGGCCGUCCAGCGUCGACUGGAUUCCUAUACGCUGUCCCUCCGCAAGAGGAACAAACCGGCGCCGCGCGACGUUCGCGACAUCUUCAACUCCCCCAUCACUCAGACCCUUCUGCCUGAGUCUCAGCAUAGUGAAGACCUUGGCCAAAACAGCAUGGCUUCAGUUGCCAAAACACCUCUAUCAGCUGUGACACCAGAGCAUCAGCGUGGUGCUCCGAAAGAGGAAUUCUUCAUCACCGAUGUGGCUUACUGCGAACAAGCUGUCAUCUUCCUCAAACAGGCCAAACUGCCGCAGAACAACAGCCAACGCAGGAAAGAGGACGGCACUCUGCCUCGGGUGAUCUGCCCCAAGUGCCGUCUAGGAGUGACUCGUAUCCAAGAUCUCUCCCACACUGACAUGAAGAAGGUGCGUCAGUUGGCUCUCAUCGACAUGACGGCGCUGUGCGACCUCUUAGAGCUCGAGGUCAAAAGACACAAAACCUGCAAGAGGAAAAUCCCAGAGAGCACGCUCUUUGGGGUGCAGCUGGCCACGCUGAUGGAGAACGAUCAGAAAAUGAAGCCCACCACUGCGACUCCUCUCUUCCUGCAGGCGUUGUUGUCGUUUUUGGAAAAGAAAGGAGUUGAUUCGGAGGGGAUCCUGCGGGUUCCAGGGUCUCAGUCCAGAAUUAAGAUGCUGCAGCAGAAUCUGGAGACCAACUUCUACUCAGGGCAGGUCAGCUGGGAUGAAGUGAGUCCAAACGAUGCUGCUGCACUGCUGAAGAAGUUCAUCCGGGAGCUUCCCGCUCCUUUGCUCACCGCUGAGUACCUCAACACCUUCAGCGCCGUCAGAGACAUCACAGAGCUGAAGCAGAAACUCCACAUGUUGAACCUGCUCAUCCUGCUGCUGCCUGAACCCAACAGGAACACACUCAAGGCCCUCCUCGAGUUCCUCAGUAAGGUGGUUUCCAGAGAGAAGAGGAACAGGAUGAAUCUGUGGGCCGUAGCGACCAUCAUGGCUCCCAACCUCUUCCUCCAUAAGGCCAUCCCCAGCAGACUGACAGAGGGGGCAGAGAAAGGACAGGCGGAGAAGGCAGCUGAUGUUAUGAGGCUCCUCAUCCGCUACCAGGACCUGCUUUGGACGAUCCCCAAUUUCCUCAUGGGCCAGGUGCGUAAGCUGAAUGAGAACAGUAACCGGCGUUACCAGUUCUACGAUCGCCGCAUCAAGAACCUGCUGAGGAAGAUCCACACAGACAGCCGGGAAAAACCUGAUAAAAACACCUCAGAGCCGUGCCGUACGGUGAAGGUCCAGGUCGGGGAUCUGCUGAGCGGCACCAUGGAGUUCCAGCUCAACAUCAACUCACGAACCUCAGACCUGCUCGCCCAGUUUCACCGCCAGUUCCUCCGCAGCCCUGAAAAUGGAAAGGGCAAAAUGCGAAGCAGAAACGGCGCUGUGGCGUAUCCAGACUGUGCCCUGUACGAAGUGGGAGGGAAUAUUGGUGAGCACUGUCUGGAUCCCGACACACAUCUCCUGGAUUUGUACAACAGUAACCCUGGAGGGGAGUGGGUCAUCAAGCUGAAACCCAACGCAAGCAGAGGGCUGUGACAUGGGGGCUGUGGACGGAUUGAAGGAUGGACAGAUCUGGGAACAGGUUGCUGAAGAUGACAAAAGCAGAGCCUAAAAAAAGAUCAAAUCCAGACAGCCCUCUCUCCACUUCCUGUCCUGUUUAACCUUCGAGCGACAUGGGAGAGGGAGACAGAUGGAGGAAGCAGAAACACAAAAAAUGGAGAAUCUGCCAGGAGCAGAGCCUAAAAACUGCCUAUGAUCAGAUGAACACACACUGCGCUCUUUCUCUUUCUCCUCUAGCUCUCUCCAUCUUCUUCUCCCUUAACUCCAUCAUUUCUCUCCGGGCUACGACGCUGAAAGCAAAAAGUUGCUGACGUGACUCAUUAUUUCCGACAGAGAACCUGCUGCAUAGAAAAGAGAGGACGGAGAGCGGCUGGGCAGUUGGGUUCACCAUCUUUUCCUCUCAAACAAUCAUGUCCAACCAUUAGUGAGCAGAUGGGGAUGCAGAGCACCUCUGGCUAUAGAGAGCCCCUUCCAUUUUCUCCGGUCAGUCAGACAGUGUGUUUUUUCCUACUGCGGGUUUCAUUCAUGAGCCGUUUUUAGAAAAGGUGAAACAUCAUACAGGAGUUUUCUGUGCAUAUUCUUUGCUAAAUUGGUUUCUAAUUCUGCACCAGUCGGUAAAUGUUAAACAUGUUAUUUUAUACAGAAGAAAACAGAAUUUAUUUUUCAUUCUCGUCUUUGGAAACAACAGCUGUCGAGAUUUUGUGAUCGAAACACACGAACAGACUGUCUCUGAAUUUAGGAGUCAAAUGCUCAACAGUGGAAACCUGCUUAUUUAGACUUCUAGAGGAAAAUAUCAUUUUCAAAAAUUAGUUGGACUUUACACAUAACUCCGUGUAAUGGUCUCAGCUUUCACUUUCCCUGUCUGCAGCACUUUGUCCUGCACAUGUGUUUAUAAAAAGCCAGUUAGAAACUUGGUUACGUGUAUACAUGGCAGAACAAUCUGCGUUCUCUAGGAGAUUUCUAAUCAGGUUUAAUUAAUCUGCUACCCUGAUUACAGAAACCAGUUUUCUUGCUUUAACAUCAAAGAAAUUAAUUUACUGGAGACAGCCGACUGUAUACACACUGACUGGAGUAGAAACCCGUCCCAACCCAGCCUAGAAUAUGGACAGAAAACCUCUGCAUCCCAGUUUCUAUGAAUUACUACUAAUAAUAAAAACAGCAGUGAGAGAAAAUACAUUGAAACCCAAAAGCUAAUGGAAAUGAAGUCAACCUGGAAAUGGAGCGGGGACUUACUUACUGGUGGGGACAAUUACUGACUGAUCAAUCAACUAAUCAACUGGCUGAUCUUUCUCGCUCGCGCUUUCUCUCCCUCUCCUGCUGGCAUGUCCACUCUGCAGUGCAGACAUUUUGAUCACAAAGUAAACAAAGGCGGAAGAUUCCUCUGUAUCGACUCCUUUCAUCGUCUGUGCCAUUCAAAGAGGGAAAGAGACCCCGGUGAACUGAUAUCCCCUUUAUCUGUGAAACCCUGCGAUCUCCUGGGCCUUAUAAAAAAAAUAAAAAAAAUCCAUGGACUUCCAAGGACCCCUGACCUGUACAGAACAGUCCUCAAAGAGACUUUCUGUUUUUUUUUUUGAUACCAAGGGAUUUGGUGUCACAACCUCAAGGACAGUUAUUGUACCUCUAAAGGGAGUUGUUAAGGACACACAGUGAAGCUGGUCUUCAGUUUUCAUUUUUAAAAACAUGAAUGGAGCCAAAAGUGCUGAAGUGACUCCUUGGGUAUACUGGGAUUAUUAUUAUUUAUAUGAAUGUAAUGCCAUUGUUGCUUCUGUAUUUGAUGAGUAUUCUGUAGGCUAGAGAGACUUUAGGAUAAAUGUGGACUUGCUGCACUAAGUGUAACAGUAUGUUGUGUUAAGUCGCCCAUACUCAGUGUGGGAAUUUGCAGUGUUCUUGUACAUAUAUCUUCAUGCUCAGUUGUUGUUUUUUUUUCCCCGAUGGAUCUCUUUACAUCUGCUUCUCCUGAACAGUACAGUAAGAUAGAUUUCCUGUGUAGAUAUUGCUCAGUCAUGCACUCUGCUGUGAAGAGGCACUAAAAUCACCGCAGUAUGACGGUUUGUUGUGAUCGUGCUGCUACUCAAAGCCAGUUAAGUUAUUCCAAACACACGCAAGCAGCAAAUGAAUGUGUUUAACAUUUUGUACCGAUCGUCAGAUGUGAAUCAUUUACUCCUCGCAAUCGCAGCCAUGUUGGUGCUCCGCGGCCAUUUUGUGGGAAGUAUCUCGCACACACUCCACUCGAUAGACGGAGUAAUGACAGCCGGCCCGGCACCAACAUCUAUCAACACCCUCUGCUCCAUCUCUGUCACCUCCCCAUAAUGGACUAUAAUGGCAGUGUGGUGCAAGCAUCUGAAACGCACCGAAGAAUCACAUUUCUUUGAUAAAGGAGACGGUAAUAAAUGGCUGUUAUAAAUUCUGCGGUCCUGGACCUGACGACAGCAGCAGGAGUGUGCAUGUGUGUGUGUGUGUGUGUGUGUGUGUGUGUGUGUGUGUGUGUGUGUGCAUGUGUGUGAUGAGCUUCAUUACACAAGUCCAAUUGGCCUGUCCCAGGGUCCCAGGCACAGUUCAGUGCCCCGGCACAAAGCGAGCUGAUGAAACUGCCUUCUGCUGACAAUCAGGAGAACUAGGUCACCUCUGAAGCAGCAUCCCAGAGGGCAAGCAGUGUGAGUCCAAACACCCCGAGGAGUAGAGCACAUGGACACGUAUUGUCUAAACACACAUGACACACACACACACGGACAAACCAAAACAGGGGCCGCGAGUUCACACACUACACCAGUUUACUGUUGACUGUUUGUGUUUGUAUAUAUGUGAAUGUGUUUGUGUGUGAGAGAGGGGGUAGAUAUCUCUGAAACAGUGUUAUCUAUAUACGUAAUUACCCAAGACUAAAUGAUGGACAUUUAUGAGGGACACUUGUCCCUUGUCUUGAUCAAGGUGUGGCUGUGGACCGCUUAUUGUCUUCAACAGCGUCCAACUUUUAUUGUGGUGAAGAGUUUAGACGUCAGUCAGCAGACAUCAGAAUGUAUAUUUAUGCCCUUUACACAAGUCGUUGUUUUUAAUACUUCUGUGAAAAUACCUUAGGCUUUGCUGUAGAGAGAAAACAAAUGUUCUUUUUUUAUGUCAAUAAAUGUGAAUCUAA